CAAAGUUUUUAAUUUCAUAAGGCCAACCAUAUAAACGCUACCAAAAUCUCCUUUUAUUGAGUCCAUAUGUUUACUAUAUGACUGGUUGUUGCUCCUUUAUAAUUUAUAUGGUUUGUGUAUGAAGUCUAUCAAUAUUGUAUAUGUGAAAAAGUCAUAUGACAACCUUAUGAAAAUAAAUUUCAUGUUGGCGAAACAAGCAGACGUAGCCGAAGGAAGAGGAUGGUAUUUUUUUUGGGAAAACGACUACUUUGACUGCAAUACUAAUUCCAUUGCGGCACAGUCGGCGGGCUGUUUGUCAGAGCUCACACUCGAAGCUCGAUACACCGGAUGCGGGGCCAGCACUCCGGAGAACCGCGCCGAACCGAGGUCGAACAUCAUGAUGGACGUGGAUGACGUCUGGUGUCGGACUUUAUGUGGCAUACCUGGAGGGGCCGCCACGGACCAAGAGCGACGGGUAGACGAAGCAGCGGAUUAAGUACGAAGGUUGCCGGUUGAAGUUUCCGGAGAUUCAGAAAGGCGGCCAUCUACCAAAGGGCGUACUGCUGCAACAUAUGCAACAUGAAUUCCAAGAGGACCUGGAGAGAUAUCAAAGUAGCAUAGCCGCACUGCUGAGGACGCCUCGCUCAGCUGAGUCUUCUACAGCGGCGAUGAUGAUCGGGAGGAUUUCGCGAAACAUCACCGGGGCAGAAGCUAUGGCAUUCUGAUGGAGAGCGUUGAAUCGUCAGAUAACUUCAAAACAGGUGUUUCUCUUGUUGCGGUGGGUAGUGAGGAUGUGAGGUUUACGGACCUUACAUUUAUGAGGAAAAAAGUGGCUUGCUCCAUCAUCAGUUUUAUUUUAAUCUGGUUUAAAUAAACAUGAGCAUAUUAAAAACCAAAAAAAAAAA